AUGUUGAGCAGCUCCAAGGCGCAGCUCCGGACGCUCGUGGCCGCGUCGCAGCGCGCGUACUCGGCCAAAGUGGGCGCGGGCGGCAUCGCCGGCCCCAAGAUCACGGGCGUGCUGCGCUUCUACAAGGACGUGGGCGUCAAGGACGUGGAGGAGCCGGCGGCGGAGGACGGCGCCGAGCCGCGCAUGCUCUUCGCCGUGACGCUGGACGGCAAGACGGUCAAGACGCCGAGGCAGCAGCCCGUGCGGCUGCCCACGCGCGCCAUGGCGUACGCGGUGGCCCACGAGUGGGACGCGCAGAGCCACGACAUCCGCCCGGCCACUAUGCCCGUCAUGUCGCUAGCGUCCACGGCGCUGGACCUCGUGUUCACGUCCAGCAGCAAGGAGACCAUCGACGAGAUGAUGCACUACCUGCACACGGACACGGUGUGCUACCAGGUGACGGCCGACCAGCAGGAGAAGCUCGUGGCGCAGCAGCAGAAGAAGUGGAAGCCGCUGCGCAAGUGGUUCAGCGACACGUUCGAGGGCGAGGUGGACGUGAGCCACGGCAGCAUCAACAGCCUUACGCACGACCAGCAGCUCAUCGACAAUGUCCGCGCGUACCUGGAGAAGUUAAACGACUUCGAGCUGACGGCUAUGCGUGCGCUGACGAAGGAGUGCAAGGUAGGCUUGGUGCUUGAUGAACUGUAG